GUAAGACAGGCAAAGAGUGGGGAGGGGAAACAGAGCCACGGAGAAGUGAAGUGACUUGCCUAAGGUUACAAAAUGGAGCAGUGACAGAGCCCAGGUCUACUAAGGCCUAGUCUAUCACCUCCCAUUAUAAAUACAAAUGCUUAUACUUUAGUUUGGACUUAAUGAUUUCCUGUGCUUGUUCUUUUAAGACUUUCUACAGGCUUGCUUUGGAUAUCGUGGUCAUGAACAGGGUGUGCAAGAUAUUCCGGAAGGGACUGAUCGGGUUCAGGGGAUUUCAGUUCAUUGAUAUGACUGCCCAGGAAUCCCUGACCUUUGGUAUGGAAGAAGACAAGAAAUAUACCAAACUGUCCUUCGACCACAAUGAAUUCAAGAUCAGAAAGGAUCACUUUCCUCUCAGGGCAAUCCAGAUAACCAAGAAGAAACCAGAAUGGAGAACUGAGAAGGAAAUAAAGCUGUUACGAAGCUGGUUGCAGUUUGUGGAAAGCUACCAAAAAUAUAGCCUGAAUCUGCAGCUGCUUCUGGCUAAAGUGAUUCGCUUUGAACGGUUUGGACGCAGGAGAGUCAUCAUAAAGAAGGGGCACUGUGGCAACAGUUUCUACUUCAUCUACUUUGGUACUGUGGCCAUUACUGAAGAUGAGGAUGGGAGCAGUGCCUUUACGGACCCAGAUCCAACUUUGCUUCGGAAAGGUGCUGGAUUUGGAGAAGUUGCUCUUUUAAAGGACAGGCGGAGAAUUGCUACAGUUGUCUGUAUGGAGGAAACAGAACUAUUGGUAGUGGAUAAAGAGGACUUUUUUGCUAAUAAAUUAGAUGAGGAGCUUCAGAAAGAAUUUCAGUAUCGUUUCAGCUUCUUCAAAGGUCUGGAUCUCUUUGCAACAUGGCCUGAUUACUCAGUAGAGAAAAUUGCUAAUUACUGCAAAGCAGAGAAAUUUCACUAUGGACAAGUGGUAGUCCGGGACAUCACGGAGUCAGCCAGCAUAAUAUUCAUUACUCAGGGGAAAUGUGAAGUUUUACGUCUGGUUGAUCUCACCACUUGCCCAUCCUAUCACAAGUGGAUCAGUCAGCAAAUGGAUUUUCCCAAACCCAGUCCUUAUUACUCUAUGGAGACAGGCAUCACAGGCAGAAAAAGAUUCAAUGAUUUUAUGUGGAAGUCCUUUCCUGUGCAGGAUCUGAGUAAUCUGAAAUCACUGUAUGUCCCACCUGUUAAUCAUCAGAAGGAUGAAAUUUUUGAAAGGCAAUACCUGGUUUUAAAUAGGAAAUAUAAAAAUGCACACACAAAGCUGGAGAAACAGGACAGAGGUGACAGCAGAAGAUAUGAUGAUUUCAGUGAAGAUGAGAAAGAAGUCAUUCAGAAAGAAAUAUCAGGGUUGUUCCGGAAGAAGCUAACUGUUCUCACACCACAUGGAGAAAUAUCCACUGCUGUUGCCACAGCAAUUUACACUAGGAUCAAUGAAGUGCAUAAAGGGGAACUCCUGGGGAUAAGCCAGCAUCUUCUACCUGAAGAUAAGCAAGAUGAUCGGAGCAUGGUUUUGGUCAGUCAGGGAGCUGAGGUCAUUCGGUUGAAAAAGGAGAAGUUUGAGGAAUUAGCAGAUCAUACAACAAUAAUGAAAUUACACAAAUUACAGCCGAAGUAUCCCAGUGACAAUGAGCUGUGUCAAAGCUUUCUGGAACAGAACCACUGGAAAAUAUUUAAGAAAGACCUGAUAAAUCUUUUCCUGGAGAGAAAACUCACAAUGAUGGCAAGUUCUCAACAUGUGAAGGCCAAGAAAGAUAUCUAUAGUUCCUGGAGCAUGAAUAAAGCAGGUAUUCUAGACCUGACCACUACCCACCAUCAUCUUCCAACAGGCACUCAAGGACUACAGCAUGGCUACGUCCCUGUCCACAUAGGACAGGGAAAGGAUUCUGAGGGCCUGCCAAAUAUUGAGCUAAGAUUGAUUCAUGGUAUUGCUGUACCACGGCCUAGUUUGAAAGGAUUGUUCUAGUGAGUUUGAGGAAAUCAGGCCAAUGGGUUCAACAGCAUAGAUGCAGCUUGAGAAGCCCAAAAGUGAAACUGCAAAUUUUUUAUUUGAAUGUUAGAAAAAUACUUGAAUUUUAAAGAAAAGUAGUUUUCACCCAAUUUCUAUGCAACAAGUAAAUCUUCCUGCCUGAUUUCUGCUGUGAACUCUGAAGUAAACUUAUUUUUCACUGUGGUAAUCUAAUUUCUAUUAGUUUUGAGAAGGAAACCUGUUUUCACCAUUUCGUUGUUCUCCGCAAGAUGGAUAUUUUUAUAUAAGGUUAAGAUUUUCUGUUAUUUAUAUUUGAUCCUAAGAUACCUUCACAUUCUAAACAAUAUAUUUAAUACAAAUAGAAACUGAACAAAGAUUUUAACAUGUCUCUGAGUUGAUCAGGAAGCCAUGUGUAGUUUAAAGUGUUCAUUGACUACUGCUGUAGUUUUUGUUGUGCUUCAGUAUGUUUGGGAUGCUGAUAAUAUGGCUUAAAGUUUAGACUGUUAAAAUGUGCUUCACACAGUCUUACGUGUUUGAGUUUCCAACACUG